AUGGUUUUUUUGGAAAAGGUCAAGAGUGACGCUGAUCCGGCCAAGACUGUCUACUACCUUCCUCAUCAUGCAGUGGUAAGAGAGGAUAAAACUACAACCAAGACAAGAAUCGUAUUCGAUGCAUCGGCACGUGAUAAGCAUGGCGUGUCAUUGAACGAUUGCCUACACCAAGGUCCCGCCUUACAGCCAAACCUUGUCGCCGUAUUGCUGCGAUUUCGUAUGAACAACAUCGCAUUGAUGGCAGACGUGAAGAAGAUGUUUCUUCAAAUCAAGAUUAGAGAGGAGGAUCGUGACGUGCAUCGAUACCUAUGGAGAGAUGGGAACUCAGACCGGCCUCCAGAGAUCUACAGAAUGAACCGAGUCACAUUUGGGGUAAAUGCGAGUCCAUUUCUUGCCAUAGCGACCGAGAAGCAUCACACUCGAAGGCUUGAGAAGGUUUACCCGCAAGCGGCAAGAGAGAUCCAAGACAAUAUGUAUGUUGACGACUGCCUGUCGGGAGCAGCUGGAGUCCCACAAGCUUUAGACCUGAAGACAGAUCAAAGGAUUUGA